CCUCCGAACGCCCGCGGGGCCGCACGGAGGGGGAGGACUCAGCCCAAGGGGCGCCGUUGCGGCGGUUGGCGGCCCUGCGCGCGGAGAAGAGGCCGCCCGGGGCGACGCGGGGGACGAGGACGCGAGGGACCCGCCUGCCCCAUCCCCGCCGUGGCCUUUGCCUGCUCCGAGAGGGACGAUGACGGGGCGAGCCCGAGCCAGAGCCCGGGGACGGGCGCGCGGCCAGGACGAAGCGCAGCACAUGGGGGCGGCCCUGAGUCAGCAGCCCGGGUACCCCCAGCCGAGACUACCACAUCCCCUGGCAGAGGGGGACCUGGUCGGCCGAGGACGGCAGAGAGGAGCAGCUGGGGCCACAGCCAAGUCACAAGAACUCCAGAUAUCUGCUGGGUUUCAGGAGCUGUCACUGGCAGAGAGAGGAGGACGCCGCCGUAGGGACUUCCAUGAUCUUGGUGUGAACACAAGACAGAGCCUAGACCAUGUCAAAGAGUCCAAAACAGGCUCGUCCGGCAUCAAGGUGAGGCUGAGCACCAACCACUUCCGGCUGACGUCGCGCCCACAGUGGGCUCUAUACCAGUACCACGUGGACUACAGCCCGCUGAUGGAAGCCCGCCGCCUCCGUUCCGCACUCCUCUUCCAGCACGAAGACCUCAUUGGAAGGAGUCACGCUUUUGAUGGAACAAUACUGUUUCUACCCAUAAGACUACAGCACAAGGUCACCGAAUUGUCCAGUCUGACCCGGAACGGGGAGCGCGUGCGGAUAACGAUCGCGCUGACCAACGAGCUCCCGCCCACGUCGCCCACCUGCCUGCAGUUCUACAACAUCAUCUUCAGGAGGCUCCUAAAAAUCAUGAACUUGCAACAGAUCGGACGGAAUUAUUACAACCCGCAUGACCCCAUUGACAUUCCAAAUCACAGGUUGGUGAUCUGGCCUGGCUUCACCACCUCCAUCCUGCAGUACGAGAACAACAUCAUGCUGUGCACGGACGUCAGCCACAAAGUGCUACGCAGUGAGACCGUCUUGGACUUCAUGUUGAACUUGUACCACCAGACCGAGGGGCACAAGUUCCAAGAACAAGUGGCCAAAGAGUUGAUAGGUUUAAUUGUUCUCACCAAGUACAAUAACAAGACCUACCGGGUAGAUGAUAUCGACUGGGACCAGAAUCCCAAGAGCACCUUUAAGAAGGCGGACGGCUCGGAAGUCAGCUUCCUGGAGUACUACCAGCAGCAGUAUAACCAGGAGAUCACGGACCUGAAGCAGCCAGUCCUGGUGAGCCAGCCCAAGAGGAGGCGGGGCCCAGGAGGCACCAUGCCGGGGCCUGCGAUGCUCAUCCCGGAGCUCUGCUACCUCACAGGCCUGACCGACAAGAUGCGGAACGACUUCACCGUGAUGAAGGAGCUGGCGGCGCACACGCGGCUCACGCCCGAGCAGCGGCAGCGGGAAGUGGGCCGCCUCAUCGACUACAUCCACAAAGACGACAACGUGCAGAGAGAGCUGCGAGACUGGGGCUUGAGCUUCGACUCCAACUUGCUGUCCUUCUCAGGCAGGAUUCUGCAAACAGAAAAGAUUCACCAAGGUGGAAAAACAUUCGACUACAGCCCACAGUUUGCAGACUGGUCAAAGGAGACCCGAGGGGCCCCACUGAUCAGCGCGAGGCCGCUGGAUAACUGGCUGAUGAUCUAUACCCGGAAAAAUUAUGAAGCAGCCAACUCAUUGAUUCAGAACCUGUUCAAGGUUACGCCAGCCAUGGGCAUACAGAUGAAGAAAGCGAUAAUGAUCGAGGUGGACGACAGGACAGAAGCCUACCUCCGAGUCCUGCGGCAGAAGGUCACCUCAGACACACAGAUAGUUGUCUGCCUGUUGUCGAGUAAUCGGAAGGACAAAUACGAUGCCAUCAAGAAGUACCUGUGCACGGACUGCCCCACGCCGAGCCAAUGCGUGGUGGCGCGCACCCUGGGCAAGCAGCAGACCGCCAUGGCCAUCGCCACCAAGAUCGCCUUGCAGAUGAGCUGCAAGAUGGGCGGCGAGCUCUGGAGAGUUGACAUGCCCCUGAAGCUGGCCAUGAUCGUCGGCAUCGACUGCUACCACGACACCACCGCAGGGCGGCGGUCCAUUGCGGGGUUCGUGGCCAGCAUCAAUGAGGGGAUGACCCGCUGGUUCUCUCGCUGCGUCUUUCAAGACCGAGGCCAGGAGCUGGUGGACGGACUCAAGGUGUGCCUGCAAGCGGCUCUGCGGGCGUGGAACAGCUGCAACGAGUACAUGCCGAGCCGGAUCAUUGUGUACCGGGACGGCGUGGGCGACGGCCAGCUGAAGACACUGGUGAACUACGAGGUUCCGCAGUUCUUGGAUUGCCUGAAGUCCCUCGGGAGAGGCUACAGCCCAAGACUGACAGUGAUUGUGGUGAAGAAACGCGUGAACGCCAGAUUUUUUGCCCACUCUGGAGGAAAACUUCAGAACCCCCUGCCCGGGACUGUCAUCGACGUGGAGGUCACCAGGCCCGAGUGGUACGACUUCUUCAUCGUGAGCCAGGCCGUGCGGAGCGGCAGUGUGUCCCCCACACACUACAAUGUCAUCUACGACAGCAGCGGCCUGAAGCCGGACCACAUCCAGCGGCUGACGUACAAGCUCUGCCACAUCUACUACAACUGGCCGGGCAUCAUCCGCGUCCCUGCGCCGUGCCAGUAUGCGCACAAGCUGGCCUUCCUGGUGGGCCAGAGCAUCCACAGAGAGCCAAACCUGUCCCUGUCCAACCGCCUCUACUACCUCUGACCUCGCCUGCUGCUGCCCGCUUUCCUCCCAGCCUGCCAGGCUGUCAGGCUUUCACUGUUACCUUUCUGGGUGAGACUUGGGAAGAACAUGGCUGAGCGAGACUUUAUUUCCUUGUUGCUAUUUAAUUUGGCUUCCUUGUUUUAUAGGUAAAAGUUAAGACUUUACAAAUUGUACCUUGCUAGUUUUUCGUAAGUAUGUUGUGAUGAUGUCUUUGGUUUGAAAAAUGCAGAUAAGGCACUUUGUAUGAUAAGCAGACUUUCUUAAAGCUGAAAAAUAGCUGGGUGCAGUGGCACAUGCUUGUAAUCCCAGCACUGAGGGAGGCUGAAGCAGGAGGAUCGCAAGUUCAAGUCCUGCCUAGGCAACCUAGCGAGACCCUGUCUCAAAAUAAAAAAAUGUGAAAAGGGCUACAGAUGUAGCUCAGUGGUAGAGCACCCCGGGGUUUUAUCUUCAGUACUGAAAAAGAAAAGUUGAAAAGCGUUUGUGGGUUUACUUGAAAAUACUGUGAGGAGUAAGCAGGUCCCACUUGUAACCCUGUGUUAACUUUACUCUGGAAGUGUUUAUUUCGAAUUUAGAGGAGGAGCUGGGGAUGUAGCUCAGUGCAGAGCCCCUGCCUAGCACUCGAGGGCCCUGCAUUCCAUCCCCAGUACCACCCAAAGAAAGACCCUGGAGUUCAGAGGAGAAAAGGCGUAGGGCAGGCCGCCCACUGCACCAGAGGGAGGCGCUGUGUGGGCAUCUGCCAGAACACUGCACUGCACGCAAGGGGCCCGGCGCCUGCCCUUCCUUCUUGUUCUGGGUUAGGUAGCAGGGGAGAAAGAAAGGAGGAUAGUUGAAAAGUUUAACUUUUUGUCCAAAGAAAUAUUUUAAAACUUUAAUGAAAAAGGCCAGUGAUGAAGUUCUAUAUUAACAUUAGUAUUUAAUGUUACAAGUAGGACAUCAUUCUCUUUUUUAUAAAAUAAAAGUGGUUGUCACCUAA